AAAACCCCUUCAUCUCUCUAUUCUAGACCAAUCCAGAUCCAUCCCGUGCGACUUUCCUCCAGCCAGCAAUGGAGUUCCGAUCUCAUGCGCUGGCCGCUGCCGGCGCCGUCCGCCCCCAAUGCUUCGGGUGCCUUCUGCCGCCGCAGCCACCACCACCACGACCUCGUCUCCUCUGCCCCCUUUCCCGUCUCUCCCCGCGUCUUCUCCGGCCACCUCCCGCAUCUCCUUGGACGCCGACCGCUGCAAGUACGCCGCGGGGUACGCGCUGCACAUCCUCGCCGGCGGCGGCGCCACAUGCUACUCACUCUUCUCCAUCGACACGCUCCACGGCCACCCCCUUCAGGUACGCGCUGCUCCCUGAGGACAUCCACACCGUCUGCACGAAGCUGGGGUUCAGAUCGCCGUCAUCGUCGCCGCCGGCCAUUAAUCAGUUCGCUAGGAUGAGGCAUGAAGAGAUUGGCUAUAGACCAGGCAGGAGAAUAGGGGGUAGGAAAAUGCAGAAAAUUGCCAGGCAAUAUAUGUUCUCUUGCAUGUUUGAAUCCUGAUUUGGAUUAUCCUACAUAUUUGAAUAUUUUUAUCAUACCAAUUAGCUUUUUAUUUUUUCGUGAGUAUAAUGAUAUGCCUGAUGCCCAAGGUUGUGCUUUUCCUCCUCAUAGUCCAAGUUACUCGAAAAUAGAUAUCAUAGCCCUGGAUUUGAUUGCAGUAGAAGUAUCAUAGAUUCAUCUCCACAUAUACCCCAUCUGUGGGUGUCAAGCCAAUCACCCUGAUUCCUAUAUGCUAGCCUGAGUUGUGAAUCGUUGUCUCCUUAGGACUGUUAACCUAGAAAUUCUCAAAAUAAGCAAAACAUCAAGCCCUUGAUCAUGUGGAUCCUUACUUCAAAAAGCAUGGAUGUGAUCUAAUAUAAGCUUAUUCUUUGAUUUUCCACCGAGAUUCCUCACGCUGUGCACAGAUGAAGGAUGUUGGGCCAUUUAGAUGCCUUCUUCAGCGCGCCGUCAUCCUCUCCUCCUCUAGCCAACAUCGAUGGCAUUUCGGCAUCGAUGGCAUUUAUAUGCUGCUUGAUUCCCUGGAUUCUGGAUCUCCUUGGGAAAAAGUAGGUGAAUGAUUUUCAAAGGUGCAGAUUAAUAGGGCAUGAUAACCCUGUUUUUAUUCUUCGGUUUAUUUUGAUCCCAGGCAUUAGAAGGAUUUUCUUUUUGACUGUUACGCUGCUCUGCUAGGCAUUAGAAGGAUUUCAUUUUUUACUGGUACGCCUGCUCUGCACCAUUAUCUAAAUAAAAUCCUAAGAAGAGUACGUCUGUAGCUAGCUUUCACUUGCUUCUGUUUUGGGAAAUGUAGCAACAAUACAGCAUGUACUCCUAUGUCCUGCAUUUGAACGUGAGAAGAAACUGAGGCACGCCCUACUGUAUUAAUACCGGUGACCCAUAUUCAGCUAAUUGUUUUACACACUUUUGUAUGGGCACUGUUUAAUAUCAUACUAGAUUUAUCAUUCCCCGCAAAAAUAAUAAUAUAGGGUAUAUGAUUGUCCAGUAAAAUAGAGUAGGCCAAUCUAUAGGCUGAAGUAAGUUAGUUUUGUUUUAUUCACAGGAGUGCACGUGUUUUAUCACUCACUAAUUAUAUGGGGUUUUCACACAUACAAGUGAUGCAUUUAAAAGAUUUUGAGAGGAAAUAGGUUGUUUUUUAUUGUGUUUCUUUUCAUAGAAAUAAAAGUCGGUUUUCAGAGGGACGUUGGUUUCAGCCUUGGCCUUCUAAAGUUGAAAGAUCACGCUGUUUUAAUUACUUCUGGAGGAUUCCUUCAUUUUGAGAAAGUCAAUAUCUCAGCAGCAAGCUGGCAACUUGGCCAAUGAUGUUGGACGAACCAAUUCUUUUAGACUCAAAUUCUUGGAUUGGUGCUGUAUAUUCUGAAUUUCUUUUGUGAACAAAAGUGAGGAGUGGGAGAGGAUCUGCAAUUGUGAAAUUUACUUGUUUUCAUUGGAAUUGUCUACUAAUUAUGAAAUGAUUUUUAUUUCUUCUGGAUU